AUGGCAGACCCGCAGAAGCAGUUUCAGGCUCUCUCUGAUGAGUAUCAGAAGCUACAAACUGAUCUCGAAGGUUUCAUCGAUGCUCGCCAGAAACUCGAGUCGCAACAGCAGGAGAACAAGGGCGUGCAGGGAGAAUUCGACAAAUUGGAUGAGGACUCGAAAAUCUACAAGAUCGUGGGGCCCGUCUUAUUGAAGCAAGACAAGAACGAGGCCGUCAUGGCUGUAAACGGACGACUUGAGUUUAUUGAGAAGGAAAUCAAGAGAAUUGAGGGACAGAUCAAGGAGGCUCAAGAAAAGGCCGAGAAGAAGCGCGCGAUUGUUCAAUUCCAAACUCAGCUUCAGCAGCAAGCUGCCGCUUCCGCUUGA